AUGAUGUAUGAAGAUUUUAAUACAUUACCUUUAAUUAAAUCAAUUAGAGAAGAUGAUUUUGAUCAAGUUUUGGAGUUUUUAGAAAAAAAUUAUAAGGAAUAUGAAGUUAAAGACGGAGAAAUAAAUAAAAAAACGGAAAUAUUAGAUAAGCAAACACAAGCUACACCUUUAUUUUAUGUUACAGCAAGAAAAAGUGAUGAUGAAUCUGUUGAAAUUUCAAAAUUGCUCAUUGAAAAAUAUGCGUUGUGUAAUCCUACAACUAAAGAUUUAAUGAAGCAAACAUGCUUAUUUUAUGCAGCAAGAGAAGGACAUAUAAACUUAUGCAAUUAUUUAAUUGAAAAAGGUUGUAACCCAAAUGAUUCUGACAAUUUUGGUCAAACUUGUUUGUUUUAUGCUUCAAGAGAAGGGAAAACAGAGUGUGUACGGAAUUUAAUUAAAAAAGGAGCUAAUCCUAAUUUAUUAGAUUUUAAUAAACAGACUUGUUUAUUUUAUGCAUGUAGAGAUGGUAGAUAUGAUACUGUCAAAUGCUUAUUAGAAAAUGGAGUUAACCCGUCAAUUAAAGAUUCUCAAAGAAGAACGGCCUUAACUUUUGCUAAAGGAAAUGGACAUCAAAAUAUUAUUAAUCUUCUUAAAAAUGCUAACGUAUUAAAUAAAUCAAUUAAUGAACCUCAUUCGCAAUCAAAUAACCUAAAUGCUGUAAAAAGAAAUUCAUCAUGUGUAUAUGGGAAUAAUUAUCAUAAUGAAAGUAAUAAUAAUAUUUUAAAUGCUAUGGGAGAUAAUAGUAAUAUUAGUAAUAUAAAAAAUGAAAUGAUGGAUAUAAAUGAAGUUACAAAUAUGAAUUUGAAUAAUUCAACUGGAAUAAUUAAUUCAUUCUGUUUAUCAAAUAUGUCUUCGAAUAAAUCCAAUUCUUUUUUUUCAGAUAAUACAAUAAGAAAAAAGUACAAGUUACAGUACAGACCCUUAGAACAAGAAGAUCCUUUAUUGUGGUUAGAUGCCCCAUUAAUAAAAAUAAAAGAAUUUGAGAGAAAAUUUCCUCAAUUAGCUUUGUGGCCGAAAAAUAUAUCUAUUACAAAUACAGAAUUAAAUAAUAUUAAUAAUGCUUUUAAUAAACAGUGGUACAGUUCAGCAAAUCAAUUAAUUCAGAGUUUAAGUAAAUACGAUGGAGGCCAUAUUUUUGAAAAAUUAGUUGAUCCUAAGAAGCAGAAUUGCCCAGAUUAUUAUGAUGUAAUUAAAAAUCCUAUGUCUUUUAGCUGUAUAAAAUCCAAAUUAAAAAAAGGUCAAUAUAAAUCUCCAACAGAAUUUAUUAAAGACGUUCAACUAAUAUUUGACAACUGCAAUUUAUAUAAUACUUCCAACUCUCUAGUUGCUAUUACUGGGAAAAAUAUAGAAACUUAUUUUAACAAUCAAUUAAUAGUUACAGGUUUUAAUAAUUUUGUUUCAAAAGAAAAAAGUAUUAAUGAAAUCUUGAAAAAAGUUGAAGAAGAAAAUAACAAAUGGAAUGAAGAACAAGAACAAAAGAAAAAAGAAAUGGAGCAAAAUGAAGAGAAUAUGCAACUAAAAGAACAAAAUUAA